ACUUCAACGAGGCCUUCACCUUCCUUGUGCCCUUCAGCCAGAUCCAGGAACAAGGGAGGCUUCUCGAUCUUGUCACCGAGCUCUAAAUAGAGCAACCCAACCUCGCCACCCCCCCCCACCAAGACUUCUUGGACUGGACGACAGCACGCGGCUGGGCCGGGCCAGGCGGCCUGGGCAGGCUCUAAGCACAGGACAUCAGGAUGGGGGAUGAGGAGAAACGCAACAGGGCCAUCACGGCCCGGAGACAGCACCUGAAGAGUGUCAUGCUCCAGAUUGCCGCCACGGAGCUGGAGAAGGAGGAGGGUCGCCGGGAGUCGGAGAAGCAGAACUACCUGUCCGAGCACUGCCCGCCCCUGCACCUCCCCAGCUCCAUGUCCGAAGUGCAGGAGCUCUGCAAACAGCUGCACGCCAAGAUCGACGCUGCGGAGGAGGAGAAGUAUGACAUGGAAGUGAGGGUCCAGAAGAGCACCAAGGAGCUGGAGGACAUGAACCAGAAGCUGUUCGACCUGAGAGGCAAGUUCAAGAGGCCUCCGCUGAGGAGGGUGCGCAUGUCGGCCGACGCCAUGCUCAAGGCGCUGCUGGGCUCCAAGCACAAGGUGUGCAUGGACCUCCGGGCCAACCUGAAGCAGGUCAAGAAGGAGGACACGGAGAAGGAGCGGGACCUGCGCGACGUGGGCGACUGGCGGAAGAACAUCGAGGAGAAGUCGGGCAUGGAGGGCCGCAAGAAGAUGUUCGAGACCGAGUCCUAG